UCAUCAUCCAAAAUUUCUCAAACCAUUUGGCGCUUUGCUUUUCCUUUACCUGUAUCUGCACUACAGCCUCUUGUUCUCGAACUCCAUAUCUUACCGAAAAUGGUGAAAACAGUACCAGCCAUGGGCGGAGCUGGAGGAACCCUUUUCUGUUCUCAGAGUUUUCCCGUUUUCAAUUACACUCAAAUUCACGCUCUAAAUCGACCUUCAUUACCUCUUACAUUGCCACCACUUGUGCACAAAUUCACCGCUUUCAGUAAUCAAGAUUCAAUUUUGGCGAAAACCCAGUAUCGUCUUCGACUUAGGGUUGUUACUAAAGCUGUUGAUUCGUCUCAGCCAUCGUCUGCUAUAACUUCAUCCGACAAGGCUAUUGUUCCCGACGACGAGUUUUCACUUGCUAAGGUUUCUUUUGGUGUUAUUGGACUUGGUCUUGGUGUUUCACUUCUCUCGUAUGGUUUUGGGGCAUAUUUUAACAUCCUUCCAGGUUCCGAGUGGUCUGCAAUUAUGUUGACAUAUGGUUUCCCACUUGCAAUAAUUGGCAUGGCUCUUAAGUAUGCAGAGCUCAAACCUGUGCCAUGCGUUACGUAUGCAGAUGCUGAGCUACUAAGGGAAAAAUGUGCUACUCCAGUCCUUAAGCAGGUCAGGAGUGAUGUGAUAAGAUACCGUUAUGGGGAUGAGCAGCAUUUGGAUGAGGCAUUGAAGCGUAUUUUCCAAUUUGGACUGGGCGGAGGAAUACCACGUAGAAGUGCUCCAAUCUUACAAAAUAUUCGAGAAGAAGUGACUGAGGAUGGUAAAUACUGUCUAGUGCUGGUCUUUGAGGCAAAAGCUCUGCAGUUGUCAGAUUUCGAAAAAAGACAGGCAAAAUUUACGUCUUUCUUUGGACCUGGAAUAUCGUCUGAAAUUGUAAAGGGAGAGAAUGAUCUGUAUGAAGUAAGGCUAAUUUCCAACACAACAUUGUAGAUUAUGACAAAAUCUUGCAACUCUGGGUAUAUAGAGAAGGUCCACUGUGCCACAUGAAUAUAUUGAUAAUUUUUCAGUCUGCACUGUACAUUGUUGAACCCAUAGGAAAAUAUAGAAUGAUGGAAAUUAUAAUCCCACAUAGUAGUAAAUUGUAUGAGACCUGUUUUUAUUUACUUCUGCAUAAUUGUAAUUUUUGAAGAUGUGGUUGAUAUAAUAUAAUAUUUAGAAAUUGCUUGCAAGAA